AUGGAGCAGAUUGAGACACAAGCAAGCGACCUUCGGUUCCUUGCCCAAGUUCCUGUAUUGAAUCCAACCUCGAGCCCGUCUCUCGGCCCCGGCUCCGGCGCCGGGCGAGGCGGGACUCCAGCCCGUACCCCCGGGAGCGCCGUGGGAGCCUCUACGGGUGCUCCUAUUGCUUACGAGAAUCAUGCCAGUCCAAGUUCCGCCUCUGUCGGCGACAAUUCCGCUCACGGUGCGAGCGCGUCCAAUGCCAAUAAGAGGAAGUCGACAGACGAUGGUCAAGGCAAUGGAUCAAAGCAAACAAGAAGUAAAAGAAACAGACUUGGUCACAAUGAAUGCAAGAGACGAAAGAUAAAAUGUAAUGGCGAAACUCCCUGCCAACGAUGCGGCAACCUCAACUUGGCCUGUCUAUAUGCCCCGAACUGCUGCUCCGGCAACUUUAAGGAGUCCGACGAGUUCAAGCAGGUCACAUCACAACUAGGCCGCCUUCAAGAAGAAGUCGGCUGGCUUCACCAAACCGUCAAGGCCCUUCAGUCCGAACCUGCCCGAUAUUCCUCACUCGGUGACCGGACAAUGACCCACGGCCACGGCACGCCGGCAGUCGCCCCUUCACCUUCUCAUAGCUCUACUUCACUUAACCGACAGGACAUCUCGAAAUACGGUUCUUUCCGGGGCCCAACAAGUAUGGCCUUCAGUCUCGACGUUGCCAAUAAUACUAUCAACAACAUGGGUUACAAAGGCAUAUCAGACGAGGAAAAUCCACACCUGAAUGAUGGCUUGGGCCCCAUGUCGACGCGACCAAGGGAUCCCCUCCACGAAUUCGACAAGGACGAAAUGAUUCGCCUGUGUCGUCUGCACGAGGAAGAGAUCGGUAUCAUGUACCCAGUGCUCAACAUUCAAACCGUGAUAACCCAUGCCAAAAACAUGGCCACAUUUCUCGAAACCCUACGACAACAAAGCCCCAGAGAACUUGUCAACGACGACAAGACUCUACAGCUCAAAAUCAUCAUGUGCUGUGCUCUAGUGGUAGAAGAGCAUGGGCAUAGCGAUAAAGCCAUUCGCUUGUUUGAGAGCAUGGAAACGGUGCUCAACCGGAAGCUCAUGGCUGAGGCUGCGGAUGUUGCAACCCUACCAAUCCUGGCUCUUGUUGCUGGGUAUAGAUUUCUCUCCAACGAUGAAGUAUUGGCUUGGCGAGUCAUGGGUCAUGUCGCACGAUUAUGUCUAGAGCUUGGCAUUCAUCAAAGAACAGGCCUGAUGAGGAUUCAGGAUGAAGAAGAACGUAAGAAUGCUCUCGUCAGCUUCUGGUCGGCAUAUGUGCUAGAUAGGCGAUGGGCUUUCGCAACUGGGCUACCUUUCGUCGUUCAAGAUGAAGAAAUCGAUUCAGAACUGCCAUUUCCAGAGGAAUAUCCUUAUCUUGUGGCCAUGAUCACCUAUUCGAGAAUAGGUGCAACGGUGUGGCGACAAGUAGCUCAUUUUGGACCGGUUCUGGCACGCGAUUUGCGCUCGGCGGAACUGGAGAAUGUCGACCAGGAGUUGUUACAGUGGUAUGAACAGAUUCCCGAAGAGGUCAAGGUUCGUAACUGGGACAAGGAGAAGCAUAUAACGUCAACUCCGUCUUAUAAUUUACAACGCCUACGAAUCUGGACAUAUUUACGCCUGAAUCAAAUGCGGAUCUGGCUUUACACGCCUGUGUUGCAUAGCGCUACAAGCAUCAUGGCGCAUCCUGCACAAUCAGAACGUGUAGUUGACAUCGCCAAAGACACUAUCCGAUACCUUAGCCACCUGAACAACACAACCAAUUUAUACAGACGUGUACAGGUUUUCUACCAUCAAUUCCUCACAUCAGCGAUUGCGGUCGUCUUCCUCGCAUCCGUUCAUGCCCCGGUCCGCUUCAGCGCUUCCUGCCGUGAGGAGUUUUAUAUGGCUCUCGAGCUGGUGAAGGAUCUAUCCGCCAAGAGCUGGGCAUCGCAGCGACUUUGGCGGACAAUAAGAUCACUCAAAGACGUGGCACCGCGAUUCGGACUUAAUGCUGAGGACGACCCCCAGUCAACAGCAGCGUUGGGCAUGAUAGGGCUUGCUCGAGGCCAUAUGGAACAACAGCAGCCGUUCCGCAAGCCAUCUAUUCCUGGUCAGCAAUCACAAGCCGCCACCCCAGACUCAAUGGCUCAGAACGGAUCACGAAUUCAAGCCGAGAUGUCACGAAUGUUCGAGGGCUAUGUAGGGUUGAAUGGAUUCCAAUAUAACGAUAAUGAGGGACAGCAGGGGCCGAAUGCCGAGGUUUCCGAAGCGUCCAACGGCGGCAUGUUUGGAGUCGAUGGCACUGUCUUUCCUCAGUUCAAGGAGAUGUAUUAG